AUGCAAGCAGUUCAGAAACGUGUGGCUUACACCUCGGACGUUCUUGGCUUGAUUAAGGGUAUGAAGAUGCUUGGUCUCACCAAUAUGAUCACUGGGAACGUUCAAGAUCUGAGAGAAAAAGAGUUGCAAAAGUCGAAGCGUUUUCGAUAUGUACAGAUCGUCAAUAUCACCCUCGGAAAUGCGGCAAACAUGCUGUCUCCCGUCGUCACCUUCAUUGGCUAUGGCAUUAUUGCGAAGUAUUCGUCUGGUAAGGCACCAAGUGCCGCAACCAUCUUCUCGUCGUUGUCUCUGCUGUCGAUGUUGAUCAGUCCGGUGAAUGAGCUAGUCUCAGCCAUUCCCAAUCUAGCCUCCACGUUAGAGUGUUGCAAUCGUAUUCAACAGUACACGGAAGGCAAGAAACAGGUCGACUUCAGACGCCUGACCCGUGAGCCCAGAGUUUCUGAUGUUGAAACUGAUAGGGAGCCGAAAUACGAGAAAUCCGAAAGCGGCACCAGCAUCAUUGAACUUGGGCAGGUCAAUGCAGGCUGGUCUCCAGAGAAGACCGUCCUCCACGACCUCUCCGUGCAGAUCACUGCGGGCACACUAACCAUCGUUAUCGGGCCCGUUGGAUGCGGAAAAUCCACUUUACUCCAGAUCUUGCUAGGCGAAGGGAUCCUGCACAGCGGCUUAGUAAACCUGUCGACAGAUGAUAUUGCAUAUUGUGAUCAGACGCCUUUCUUAACGAACCAAAGUAUCCGACAGAACAUCGUUGGCAACUUGGAUUAUGAUCAGGAAUGGUAUAUCUCUUGUUUGCGGGCAUGUGCCUUGGACGUUGAUAUUCGCCAGUUUCCAGACGGCGAUAAUGGCCGAACCGUCGCUAGAGCCGUCUACGCCCGGAAGAAGAUUAUCCUGAUGGACGAUUGCCUCAGCGGGCUGGACUCGGAAACGGAACGGCAUUGCUUUCACCAACUGUUAAGUCAAGAUGGGUUAAUACGACACACUGGUGCUACUAUUGUGCUGGUUACUCAUGCCGUCAAAUGGCUCCCGUAUUCAGAUCAGAUCCUCGUUCUCAGCCCAGACAGUCGCCUAUUACAGUUCGGCACAUACCAAUCUCUCACAUCAGUACCCGGACAUCUUCAUAAUCUCAACUUGAAAAAAAACGGAUUCGAGAACGCAAGUUCCAUUACAAAGCUGGAUAUCAAUUCAAGUACAUCAGAUUCUCCAAUACCUGACGAAAAGAAGGAUAAGCAGGAAGCAGGUGAAAGUCGCGGACGUCGAGAUCCCCGUAAUCUUUUAUACUACAUUAACACUUUGGGCAAACCAGCUUUUGGCUUAUUUCUACUUUUCACCACCAUACAGUGUAGUUUUAUAGCACUACAGCCACUGUGGCUCAGCUGGUGGGUCGACGCCAAUACGACGAGGCCGGAAACUGAUCUAGGAAAAUGGCUGGGCGUCUAUGCUGUCUUUGGGAUCCUGGCGCUAGCUUUUCUCGGGAUCGCUGCAGGGGCUCCCAUGACUUUUAUCUCGGCCACGGACUCGGGAUCUCUCUUGAACCGGUUCACUCAGGAUAUGACCCUAAUGGAUAUGCAAUUACCAAUGUCCCUUUUGCUUUCCACCGAAGGAAUUGGCAAAACCAUCGCCGGAGCAAUCCUGACUUGCGUCUCCUCAGGCUAUAUGGCCCUGUGUCUGCAUUUCUUAGGAGUGGCGCUCUUCUAUCUUCAAAAGUUCUACCUUCGGACCUCCCGGCAGAUGCGGCUACUCGACCUCGAAGCCAAAUCCCCGCUCUAUACGCAUCUCACUGAGACCUUGGACGGGGUGCGGACCAUACGUGCAUUCAAAUGGAAGGGGUACGUCCUUAACCAAAACUUUGGACUGCUCGAUCUUGCGCAACGACCAUUCUAUCUGCUUUUGUGCCUGCAGAACUGGUUAAAUCUCGUGCUAGAUGUUGUCGUCGCUUGUUUGGCUAUCAUCCUCAUUGCUUUAGCCGUGACACUGCGGCAUUCGAUGAACAGCAGUCUGCUAGGAGUUGCGAUGGUUAGUAUUGUGAGUUUCAGUCAAACGCUAUCAUCUUUCGUGAAUGACUGGACUAGUAUCGAGACGUCUUUGGGGGCUAUUGCGAGAACACGGCGAUUUGUCGCAGAAACUCCGGCAGAACUGUCCGACGGAGCAGCAGUCGUCUCUGUAGAAUGGCCUUCGGACACUUCUAUCGAGUUCAAAGAUGUCUCUGCUUCAUAUCAGGUCUCCGGUCCCGAGGUCGUACAGAAGAUUAAUCUGAUCAUCGAGGCUGGGCAGCGGGUCGCGAUUUGUGGCCGCACGGGUUCGGGCAAAUCCACUCUCGUCGCACUUCUCCUACGCCUGCUAGACCCCAAGUCUGGCGCCGUGUUCAUUGGGCACGACGACAUCUCUUCGUUUUCCCCAGAAACAGUCCGCGGGCGCAUCAACUCGCUGCCACAGGACCCGUGGUUUCUGCCGGGGGGACAUGAAACUGUGCGUUCCAACUUGGACCCUCUAAGCGAAGCCACAGAAUCCCAGAUCCAAGUUGCAUUGGAAAAAGUCGGAUUGACAGAGCAGACCCGGAGGAUGGGCGGCCAUGAUGCAGAAAUGCGUGGAAGUCACCUGUCCGCUGGACAAAGACAAUUGUUCUGUUUGGCGAGGGCCAUGCUGAUGCGGAGAAGUAAAAUCUUGCUGCUGGAUGAGGCAACAAGCAGUGUCGAUGUACCUACGGAGGAGGUCAUGAUGUCCCUCUUGCGGACCGAGUUUCAAGGCUGGACUAUCAUAGCAAUCGUCCAUCGGCUAAAGAGCAUCCAGGACUUUGAUCGCGUGGUGGUGCUGGAUCAGGGCCGGGUUGUCGAAUUUGAAAGUCCGACGGCGCUACUUGCGGAUGAGGGCUCGGCUUUUGCGAAGCUGUAUAGGAAUGAGGGGUGGCAGUCAUCUUAG